GAGACUUAUGGCCAGAAGCCAUUCCACGAUGCAAGCCUCAAAUUUUGCGACAUCGGGCUGCUACUAGCCAUGCGCGCGGUGGUAUCUUUUCGUCGUAUGUACGUCUAAAUGGCGUCACGGUCGCCCUGCUCUGAAACCGCGAAUUUGGUUCCGCCGUCUUUCCUUUUCCUAUUGUCCACUCUCCGACCAGGCCGAUUGCUUUGGUAUUGGUGCGGUGCGGUGCGGUGUGGUGCGUGCCCGCCGUCCGGCCCAUCCGGGAGGGCAUUUCAAAGAGCCACACACCACACCGCGAUCGGCUGGACGCAAGCCAGGCGGAAGAGGGUCGCAUUGUCAUUGUGCUUUGUGCCUCCGACAUGUGUCAACAUGGCUUUGGCCCCGGGCGUUGGGUACAAAAACCCAGCGACCCUCGUCCGUCGCUCCCCACCACCACCCCCGCGCACAAAACCACGACGGAAACUCUCAGCCCCCAAUUCAACUUAGUAAUGCACACCAACAACGCGCUGGGUCUGCACACCCGGGCAUCGCCGCACCCCUGCUCCACGACUCGCCCGCCGCUCGCCCGGCGCUACUCCGACUCGCUCCUCGACCUGACGCGCGAUCCCGACGCGGUGCGCAUGGACACAGGCUCGUGGGCGGCCGGGAUCGCCCGGCCGGCGUCUGCGCAGUCGCGCUGCUCCGCCUCGCGCACGCCGUCCGAGUCGCCCUUGUGCGAUUCUCCGAGUAGCUUUACCCGGGAGCGUGCUUUUCCGUCUAGUCCCAGCGUCUCGUCCACCGCGUCGCAGUUUCCCGAGAUCGUCCCCGUGCGUUUUGAGACGCAGAAGGUGGAUGCAUACGCCCACAGCGCGCCUCCGUAUGCCCCGCUCCCCCCGAUCUUGCAGGACGGUGGCGUGCUCGGGCACGUCCACUUCGACGCAUACAGCCCGGACGCGCUCCCCUCCAUCCGCGACGUCUUCCCCUUCGCGUGGCCCGCGCACACGUCGCAGACCCCCCGCGCGCCGCCGCCCCCACCGCCGCCGCAACAGCACCAGCACCAGCGCACGUCGUGCGCCCGCAUCCCGAGCCCGCUGCGCAACGCGAUGCAGCCGGACGCGGAUCCGCACCCCGCUCGCCGCGCGGCGUCGUCGCCGUCGUCGUACACGGUGCGGCUCCCGUCCGCGAAGCGCCGCAGCCGCCGUGCGCAGCCGCAAACGCAGUCGCAGGGGGACGAGCGCCGCCGGGACCGCGCGCACCCGGUCUCCAGCACUCGGUACCGCGAGACGCCGCUGCCGCGUGUGCAGCGGGUGAAUGUGCCGGCGGAGUAUGCCGGUGGCUACUGUGUUGCGGGAUGGCCGUCGUCGCACUCGCACUAUGCCCCGGUGCCGGUGCCGGUCCGGGCUGGCUUUGUGCCGGUGGUGGAUGCGGGUGGGCGGGUUCUGGGCUGGAGAGAAGUUGAACCACUGCCUGGGUAUUAUUAG